AUGUCUGUCGAUGUUGAUUUUUUUCCUCAUUUAAUUAUGAAGGAUAAUAUUUUAACUACACAAUAUGAUAGACGAAAUAGUUGGACACCUUCGAUAUCUUCAUCAUCAUCAUCAACAACAAUAACAACAAAUACAACAUCAUGGUUUGAAAGAAAAUUAUUUAGUCAUAUUAAACGUUUUUUUCGACGAAAAUCAACAUCAUCAAUAUCAAAUUCAUCUAUAUCAAGUCGUCGAACAUCAUCAAUUAUUGAAGAUAAUAUUAUAACAUUACCAGUUGAUGAACAAAUAAAAGUUGAAGAAAACAAACAAGAAGAAGAAGAAGAAGUACAAGAAGAAGAGAAAAUAUCUAUUAAUAAUAAUAAUAAUAAUAAUGAAAAUCUUCUUUCAUUACCAUUAAUAUCAAAUUCAAUUGAUUUACUUUAUGAUUAUGAUCGUCUUUUAGCACGUUGUACUGAACAACAUCAACGUAAUCGAACAGAAAUGAUUUCACGUUGUCAAAUACCAAUAUCAAUACCACAUGCUGAUUUAAUUAUUAAUCAAUCACGUACAAUAAUUAUCAAUUGGAAAUCUUAUAUACGUUUAUUUAAUUCAUUAAAACGUGAUUCAUAUCUAUUUCAACAAUAUAUUAAUCAAUAUUAUUCAUGUCAAUCAUUAAUAAAUCAACGUGAACAAUUAAUAUUAAAUAUUCGUACAACAAAAAUAAUAUUUGAUAAUGUACUUCGAAAAUUUCUUGAUGAUUAUGUUACAUGUUUAAUAUGUCAAACGGCACAAACACAUUUAAUUAAAUCGGAUCAUAUAUGGAGAAUAGAAUGUCAAUUAUGUGGUAUUCAACGAAUAGUUAAACGUCUCAAAUGGAAACAUCAUCAAUAA